AUGAUGGAAACAUCUCUCGUGCAAGGCAGAGGAUCCCAGGGCUGGGGUCAGGAGCGGGUGGGGGUGCCCCUGCUGACCGGGCUCUCCCGGCAUCUUGCAGAGGCCGCGUACGAGCGCACACUGACCGUGGAUGGCGAGGAGACCACGCUGCUGGUGAUGGACUGCUGGGCACCCGAGCAGCGGGGCGAGGGGAGCUGGCGCCGCACCCAGUGCCUGCAGGUGGGGAACGCCUACGUCCUGGUCUACUCCAUCACCGACCGGGGCAGCUUCGAGAGCGCCUCAGAGCUGCGCAUCCAGCUGCGCCGCGCGCGGCAGGCCGAGGACAUCCCCAUCAUCCUGGUGGGGAACAAGACGGACCUGGUGCGGUGCCGAGAGGUCUCCGUGGAAGAGGGCCGUGCCUGCGCCGCUGUGUUCGACUGCAAGUUCAUCGAGACGUCGGCAGCUCUGCAGCACAACGUGGCCGAGCUGUUCGAGGGGGUGGUGCGGCAGAUCCGCCUGCGCCGCGGGGGAAAGGAGCCCCACGCGCGCCCCGCGCCCGGCCACAAGCGCAAGGAAAGCCUCACCAAGAGAGCCCGGCACUUCCUCGACAGGCUGGCGGCCAGGAACAGCAGCAAAGUGGCCCUCAAAGUCCGCUCCAAGUCCUGCCAUGACUUGUCCGUGCUCUGA